UUACGUUACAGGAAACACUAACGUGAUCACGCAUGAAAACAAAUGCAAAAAGUUUAACUAUAAAACAUAGAUAUUUAAUCUUUGUAUUGACUCAAAGUAAAUAUGGGACGCGAGUCAAGGCAUUACAGGAAACGGUCGGCUUCAAGGGGUAGGUCUGGUAGUCGAUCAAAGAGCCGUUCCCCGGACAAACGCUCCAAGAAGGAUGAUGGGGCUGCCUCACGAAACCGAGACAGGGACCGCAACAGGCGGGAAGAGAGGUCUCGCAGCCGUGACCGCCGCCGAUCACGGUCCAGAGACAGGAAGCGCCCCAGACGCUCUAGGAGUCGGGAGAAGAGGCGGUCCAGAAGCCGUGACAGGAGCAGAAGGUCUAGGAGCCGAGGACGCAGAUCACGAUCCGCCAGCCCUAGCAAAAGCAGGAAAACUGAUGAGAAGUCCAAAAGCAAGGAAAAAGACAACCCUGAAGCCUCUGCAGAGAAGAAAGUAAAAGAAGAGCAAGAGGAGGAUAAGGUUGAGGAUCAAGACUUUGACCAGAACAAGCUGGAGGAGGAGAUGAGGAAGAGGAAGGAGCGAGUGGAGAAGUGGAGGGAGGACCAAAGGAAGAAGGCCCUUGGGAACAUUGAGGAGAUCAAGAGAGAGAUAGAGGAGAUGAAGCAGGGAAAGAAGUGGAGUCUGGAGGAUGAUGAUGAUGAUGACGAGGAAGGCCCAGCUCCUGUUGAUGAGCCUGAAGAAGGAGAGGAGGGUAAGGGGUUGGAGGAGAAGGAUAUAAAGGAGGAGGAGGAGGAGGAAGAAGAAGAGGAGGAAGUGACUCCCAUGGAGCAGGAGGCAGAGGAUGAGCUGGAUACCUUGGACGCCUACAUGGAGGAGGUCAAGGAGGAAGUCAAGAAGUUCAACAUGGGCCCCCAGUCUAAAGGGAACGACAAGAAGGGAGGAGUAAAUGUAUCCAAAGUUGUCAGCGUUUGCAAAACAAAGAGGGGACCGAAUGCACACAAAAAGAAGGGUGAGCUGAUGGAGAAUGACCAGGAUGCAAUGGAAUACUCGUCCGAGGAAGAGGAGGUAGAUCUGGCAACAGCUCUGACUGGCUACCAGACCAAGCAGAGGAAGGUGCUGGAGCCAGUGGACCACCAGAAGAUUGAGUACGAACCGUACCGCAAGGACUUCUACGUAGAGGUGCCAGAGCUGGCCAAGAUGUCUCCUGAGGAGGUGAAUGUCCACAGGCUGGACCUGGAGGGAAUCGCAGUCAAAGGAAAGGGCUGUCCCAAGCCCAUCAAGUCAUGGGUGCAGUGUGGCACGUCGAUGAAGAUCCUAAGUGCAUUAAAGAGACACAGCUAUGAGAAACCCACACCCAUCCAGGCCCAGGCCAUCCCAGCCAUCAUGUCUGGGAGAGACCUCAUCGGCAUCGCUAAGACCGGCAGUGGAAAGACCAUCGCCUUCCUCCUUCCCAUGUACCGCCACAUCAUGGACCAGAGGCCCCUGGAGGAGGCUGAGGGACCCAUCGCUGUGAUCAUGACUCCAACUAGAGAGCUGGCUCUGCAGAUCACCAAGGAGUGCAAGAAGUUCUCCAAGCCCCUGAACCUGAGGGUUGUGUGUGUGUAUGGAGGCACAGGGAUUAGUGAACAGAUUGCUGAGCUGAAGAGGGGAGCAGAGAUCAUUGUGUGCACACCAGGCCGAAUGAUUGACAUGUUAGGCGCCAACAGCGGUCGAGUCACAAACCUGCGCAGAGUCACGUACGUGGUGGUGGACGAGGCAGAUAGAAUGUUCGACAUGGGCUUUGAGCCACAGGUGAUGCGUAUCAUGGACAACGUGCGUCCGGACCGGCAGACAGUGAUGUUCUCAGCCACGUUCCCGCGGGCCAUGGAGGCCCUGGCCAGGAGGAUCCUGUCCAAACCCAUCGAGGUGCAGGUGGGAGGCAGGAGUGUGGUGUGCUCUGACGUGGAGCAGCAUGUGCUGGUAAUCGAGGAGGACCAGAAGUUCCUGAAGCUGCUGGAGAUACUGGGUCAUUACCAGGAGAAGGGUUCAGUCAUCAUCUUUGUGGACAAACAGGAGCACGCUGACGGGCUGCUAAAAGAUCUGAUGAAGGCCUCCUACCCCUGCAUGUCUCUGCACGGCGGUAUUGACCAGUAUGACAGAGACAGCGUCAUCAAUGACUUUAAGAACGGGGCGUGUCGGCUGAUGGUGGCCACCUCUGUGGCAGCCAGGGGGCUGGACAUCAAGCAGCUGAUCCUGGUCGUCAACUACAACUGUCCCAACCACUACGAGGACUACGUUCACAGGGCCGGACGCACAGGGAGAGCCGGGAACAAAGGCUUUGCCUAUACCUUCAUCACAGAUGAGCAGGCGCGCUACGCUGGGGACAUCAUCAAGGCCCUGGAGCUCUCUGGGUCCCCUGUGCCCAAUGAACUGGAGCAGUUGUGGCUCUCCUUCAAAAACCAACGGCAAGCGGAGGGUAAAAGCAUCAAGAGCAGCAGCGGGUUCUCAGGGAAGGGCUUCAAGUUUGACGAGACGGAGCAUGCUCUGGCCAAUGAGAGGAAGAAGCUGCAGAAGGCUGCUCUGGGUCUGCAGGACUCCGAUGAUGAGGAUGGAGCCCUGGAUAUUGAUGAGCAGAUCGAGAACAUGUUCAACUCGAAGAAGAGGGUGAAGGAUCUGUCGGCUCCAGGGGGAGGGGUAGGGUCGCCCAGUGCCGCUGCGGCUGCAGCAGGGGGCCUGGCCAACCUCGGUGCCCCCUCUGCUGGAAACAUCCAGAAACUGGAGAUGGCCAAGAGACUGGCUCUCAGGAUUAACGCCCAGAAGAACCUUGGGGCUGAGGCUCAGGAUGUGAUGCAACAGGCCACCAACGCCAUCCUGAGAGGAGGCACCAUCAUGGCCCCCUCCGUCUCAGCCAAGACCAUCGCCGAGCAGCUGGCUGAGAAGAUCAACGCCAAGCUCAACUACAUCCCUGUGGAGAAGCUGGAGGAGGAGAGGCAGGCGGCCGAGCAGGCCGAGACCGUCAAGAGAUACGAAGAGGAGCUAGAAAUCAAUGAUUUCCCUCAGACUGCAAGGUGGAAGGUCACGUCUAAGGAGGCCCUCCAGAGGAUCGGAGAGUACUCGGAGGCAGCCAUCACCAUCAGAGGAACAUACUUCCCUCCAGGCAAAGAGCCCAAAGAGGGAGAACGCAAGAUCUACCUGGCCAUUGAGAGUGCAAAUGAGCUGGCCGUUACGAAGGCCAAGGCUGAGAUCACACGGCUCAUCAAGGAGGAGCUUAUCAGAUUACAAAACUCCUACCAACCCACCAGCAAAGGAAGAUACAAGGUUUUGUAAAGAGGAUGAGAUUGGGCUCAGAGGCAGUGAAUCCUGGCUCCAACCUUUCAUCAUAUUUGUUUCAGAAUGUUUUAGUAUUUUUUUUAAUUAGACCCCCAAUGUCUUCAGGUAACGAUUGUUCUUUUGAGAUUCCCCCUCUGUACUUUAAAUUGAGAUUUGGUCAUGGUUUUUAGGUCACACGAUGCAAAAUGCAUCUGAUUUCCGUUCUAUAGUAUACCAGCUGAAAUGUAACGGUCUCUCUACCACCAUGGCUCAAACUAUUUAUUAUUUUUGUCUUUGAACAUCAAGCUUAUGUAGUUGUAAGAUCCUGUAUUAUUUCUGUGUAAAAUAAUAUUUGGGGCUACUUUUCACUGGUCUGCAGUCAUCUGAACAAGUAAUGAAUCACACAUUGUUUUUAUGAACAGCCCUUGAAUGAUGUAACAUGUUUUUACUUCUUUCCCACCCUAAUAAAACAAUGUGUUGGUAAGGAACA